CAUAUGAGUAUAUCAGUCAACAUUAUUUGGGUGUGUGUUAACAGGAGAUUUUCACUGAACAGUUACUUUAAAACCCUUUUUUUGGUUCAGUCUGUCCUGAUCCGAAUAACAGGUGUCGGCAGUGGGUGUGGUUACUUGGUUUGAGGUUCGAUGGUUCCGGUUCGACCAGCAGUAAGUGUUGGGACAGCAUACAGAGCAGCUGUCAUCCUUUGAACGCCACCUGUUGUAUCCAGUUUAAGAUUCUUCUCAACCCCAGAGUCGUAAGAAUGGGCAGGCCCCAGAUGUUCCCGUCUCUAUCUGCCAUCCUGUGUCUGUCCCUGCUCCUCCCAGCACUCCACUGUAACAACAACCUGCUGUGUUACUACAGCCCCAUCAUGUACCGGAACAAGACCUUUGACCUCAUCCUGACAGAGUGCCCUCCCGCGGAACUCUGCAUGACGGGCAGCGGUCGCUAUGGAAACCACAGCGCCCUGUCCACCCGGGGGUGCAUGGCGUCGACGGGCUGCGGUCAGAUACACCCUCUCCCACUGAAAGGAACUGUUUACACCAUGACGUAUGCGUGCUGUGGCUAUAACUACUGUAACGCAGGACACCGUGUUGCGGUUAAUUCGGUCCCCCUCGUGGUGGCGAUGACUAUGCUGUUAUUAACGGGCCUGUAACUUUACAAGCCUACUUUAAAAUCAUGUAAUUUUUUUUAGAUAGGUGCUGGUUCUUAUAGAGGACGUGAGGAGUACGAGGGAUUUGUUGGUUUUAUAGUUUACUGCUGCAUACUCAGUCUAACCAAACGGAGGCAUGCAUCAACCUGGAGAACCAAUUAGAUUUUUUAAUUUAUUUUUUUUCUUAACCAAAUACAAUGGAAGAUUAUGCAUUAGGCUCCUUUUUUUUAUACAGAGAAAUUAAUAUUUUUAUGAUUGUGAAAUAAAUGUUUUAUACACUAACUGGAA